AUGGCUCUGUUACACCCUACCUCUGCCUUGGCUGCUAUCGACACAGUGUUAUCAACGAGAAGCAAAACUCUGAAUUUUCCUCUUUAUACCUAUAGCAAUAUGCAAUCUUUCACCAGAAAACAUAGACCGAAUGGACCCAGAAACCUGUCUUUACGCGUUGCUACGCCAACAAGCAUUGAGCCUGAGCAAUCAAUUCCAGAAACAGAGAAGGAUGAAACUGAGAAUGAAUUUAGUGACGAGAGCUCCUCUUCGAAAGUUUUCUUGGAGGGAUCACUGGAAGGACGGAUUGAUGAAGAUGGCAACUUACAGUGCUCCUAUCAUGGCUGGUCCUUUGAUGGAUGUGGAUCUUGUAUUAGGAUCCCUCAGGCGUCAUCGGAAGGUCCUGAAGCUCGUGCUAUUCGAUCACCUAGAGCAUGUGUCACAAAGUUCCCUACCAUGGUGUCUCAGGGUCUCCUCUUUGUGUGGCCGGAUGAGAAUGGUUGGGAAAAAGCCGGCGCCGCUAAGCCCCCAUUGUAA